UUAGAGUUCAAAGUGCAAAGCAAAGAUGUUUUCAAACGCUACGAGAUGUGCAAACUGAAUUUUCUGCACAGAUUAAACGCACUCAGCAAUGAUGACGAAUAGACAAUAACGAUAUAAUCAAACCUACAGUAAACACGUGUAGUUUUUUUGCUUUAUUUUCCGUGCGCAGGAAGUCCGGGAGAGGAAAAGUAACAGUGUUGCUUUCUAGCUGACAUCUUUGCUCGGCUACACGGUUGAAUAACAUAGCUAGCAAGCUAGCUCUGAGCGGAUUUGUGGAGGUAAACAAACGAGCUAAACACACAUUAUUAGCUUAAUAGAAAAAGUGUAGCUAUGGGAUCUUGUUGUUCACUUAAUUAACAGUAUUCAGGGAUAACAGACACUAUGUCGGCGUUGUUGUUGCAGCAUCGUACUGGUCUUUGUAGAAGAUACAGUUCAGGUCUGCUGUGGGCUCUGUCAAGGCGAAACUAUCGUAUAUUAAAUAAGCAAACAUCCAGCGAUAGUGUUAAAAAUGUGCUGUCCAAGUGGGCUAAUAUCAGGAAAACACUUCUGUCGAAAUCAGAACAGACCAGCACAGGUCGGCCACAGAAACUCAUUGAGAGUCUCCUCCACAGACCCCUGGGUCCUGGCAUGGUGGGAAUUAGCAAAGAGUUAAUCAGGAACAACCUACUGAGGAACCCUGUUGGUUUGGUAAAUCUAUUAGGGUCAUUAAACUUAUUUAGUACAUCUCAAUCUAAACAAAAGAGAAACAAAUCGGAUGGAGAAAAGGGAAAAACCCCAAAGGAAGAUGAAGAGGAUAAGAAACGUCGUGAGCAGGAGGAUCAGAUGUACCGGGAGCGCCUGCGUGCCCUCUUCAUCUUAGCGCUCAUCAUGAGCCUGCUGAACACCAUCAUUACCAGCGGCGGCAACAUCUCUUGGAACGACUUUGUCAACGAGAUGUUGGCCAAGGGAGAGGUGUCACGUGUUCAGGUCGCUCCAGAGAGUGACAUCGUAGAGAUCUACCUUCAUCCAGGAGCAGUUAUCUUUGGAAGGCCUAGGCUGGCGCUCCUGUACAGAAUGCAGGUUGCCAACAUUGACAAAUUCGAGGAGAAGCUGAGAGCUGCUGAAGAAGAGCUGAACAUUGAGUCUAAGGACAGGAUACAGGUGUCCUACAAGCGCACGGGAUUCUUUGGGAAUGCGGUCUACGCUCUGGGGAUGGCUGCUGUGGGCGUGGCUAUCCUCUGGUAUAUCUUCCGACUGGCCGGCAUGGGUAUCAGACAAGCCGGCUUCAGUGCCUUUAAUCAACUGAGGACGGCCAAUUUCACCAUUGUGGACAGCAAGGGGGGGUUAGGAGUGAGUUUCAAAGAUGUUGCAGGCAUGCAUGAGGCGAAGAUGGAAGUUAACGAAUUUGUCGACUACCUCAAGAAUCCAGAACGUUACCUCCAGCUUGGAGCCAAAGUUCCCAAGGGUUCACUGCUGCUUGGACCUCCAGGCUGUGGGAAGACCCUGCUGGCCAAGGCUGUAGCCACCGAGGCUCAGGUGCCCUUUCUGGCUAUGAAUGGCUCAGAGUUUGUGGAGGUCAUUGGAGGCCUGGGUGCUGCUCGGGUGAGGAGUCUGUUCAAAGAGGCUCGAAGCCGAGCGCCCUGCAUCGUCUACAUCGACGAGAUCGAUGCCGUGGGAAAGAAGCGAUCCAACAACAUGUCGGGUUUCUCCAACACUGAAGAGGAGCAGACCCUCAACCAGCUGCUGGUGGAGAUGGACGGAAUGGGAACGACAGACCACGUCAUUCUCCUCGCUUCCACUAACAGAGCAGAUAUCUUGGACAAUGCUCUCGUGAGACCAGGAAGACUGGACAGACACAUCUUUAUAGAUCUGCCCACGCUGCAGGAGAGGAAGGAGAUCUUUGAGCAACAUCUGAAGACCCUGAAGCUGACCCAACCAGCUGAUUUCUACUCUCUGCGCCUGGCUGAGCUCAGCCCUGGCUUCAGUGGUGCAGACAUUGCGAACAUUUGUAACGAAGCCGCCCUGCAUGCUGCCAGAGAGGGCCACAAGUCCAUCCAUACCUUUAACUUUGAGUACGCAGUGGAGAGAAUGAUAGCAGGGGGUGUAAAGAAGAGUAAGGUCCUGUCUAAAGAGGAGCAGAAGGUGGUUGCCUUCCACGAGUCUGGACACGCCCUAGUGGGGUGGCUUAUGGAGCACACAGAGGCAGUCAUGAAGGUAUCCAUCGCCCCGCGGACUAAUGCAUCCCUGGGAUUUGCCCAGAUUUUACCUCGUGAGCAGUUUCUGUUCACCAAGGAGCAGCUGUUCGAGCGGAUGUGCAUGGCUCUGGGAGGACGAGUUGCUGAGUCGAUCACCUUUAACAAGAUUACAACAGGAGCUCAGGACGACUUGCGUAAGGUAACUCGUGUGGCCUACGCCAUGGUGAAGGAGUACGGCAUGUGUGACAACGUCGGCCAGGUCUCGUUCCCAGACCAGGUGGCAGAAGGUUCCAUCGGACGGCGUCCUUUCAGCCAGGGCCUGCAGCAUCAGAUGGACCACGAGGCCAGGAUGUUGAUAGCCCGCGCUUACAAGCACACAGAGAAGCUGCUACUGGACAACAAAGACAUGCUGGCACUGUUGGCCAAUGCUCUGUUAGAACGAGAGGUGGUGAACUACGAUGACAUUGAAGCCUUGCUGGGUCCACCGCCCCACGGGCCCAAGAAGAUGAUCAUCCCACAGAACUGGAUGGAGGCCGAGAGGGACAAACAAGACACGGGAGAGGACGAACCUCCGCCACCUCCCCGAAAACCCACAGACGAGGACGUGAAUCCACAGCUGGUCUGAUCUUAAAAUGAAUGUCUCUUUAUUAUUCUCCAGCUGCUGCAGUCAUCAGACACCGGGUGAAUUUUUAUAAAACUUGGCAGUGAUUCAUCACUUUGAAGCUUUAUAUGCUUGAAAGUUUAAUCAUCAAAGUUUCCAUGCAGACUUUUGUGCAGAUUCAUUUUUGCACUUGUUUUCCUUCUAGCUGACCCAUUUAGAUAAUCUGAAACAGGCCUAAACAAGCCAGAGCAACUUUGACAUUAAUUAUUUUUGGGAGGAAUUCAAUUAUUUUUCCCAUGUCUUUGCUGCACAGCUAUAUAUUUUUUUUUGCCAUAGAAGCACUAAAAAUGGAUAGAUUUAAAAAAGGAUGUCUACAACUAGCCUGGUAGUCUAGAAAAGUCCUCUGAGCAACAUUUUCUGUACGUGGACUCAACAAUUACACUUAAGAAUUCCCAAACAAUGUGUGCGAAUGACUGAAACUGAUCACUUUUAUGCAAACAUACUGUAGCAUAUACAGAUUCAAGUAUUACUUCUGCAAAUUUCUUAUUUCACAUCUGUAAACUACAGCAAAAUAACUGUAACUCAACUCAUUCUAUACAGACUAAGUUGACUUUAGGGGUAAUGUUUCUACUUAGAGAAUGAUGCACCAAAUAUAUUUAAUUCAAAAGACAAAUUAAAGUCUGCAUUGUUGGUUAUUGAAUUGAGCUGCUGUAACGAAUUAAACAUUGCUGUGGACAUGUAUACCUUAAAGCUUGCUCAAGUUGAAGUGAUAAUGAGGAAACUACAUUUUUUGAAAUAAGGCUAAAAAAAUCAAAGUGUCUGUCAUGUUUCGGGUUAAGCAGCAGAUAUUACCAUUACAGCUUUUGUUCUUCUCUGACCAAGAGAUGUAAA